AGUGGCAUUGCCUCGUGCGAGCUCUCAAACCAACCAGCAACAUUGGCUAGCAAUCCAAUCCGUUUGGUCCUAAAUCAUAAAUGGAUCCAGCCAAAAACUAGCCAACCCGUUCCAUCCAAACAGCCUCAGAAUCAGCUCACUCACAUGCCUUUCGGUUAGAUGUUGUCCUUAAGAAUCCCAAAUCAGCCGCCAAAAAGGUUGAUUCUGUGGAAAAAUGUCAAGCCAGCUAAUUUACAACUAAUAAGCAGGUCCAAAUCCUUGAUUUUCGUUCACAAUAUAUAAAGGCUAAUGACGACACCCGGGAGCUCUUAAUUCAUCUUGUCUGGUGAGAUAUGGCGGCCCUCCUCCAAGAAAACACACUCUUCCCUCUCCUCUUCGUUCUCUGCAUGGCCGUGUCUGUUUCUUCACAUAGCCGGCCUUACACCGUUCCGAACGUUCCUCGCUUGACGGGCUUAUUCCCUCGUGUCUCGGUCGAUCGAGGUUUCUCCGAGUUCUUCGGAGCUCAAAACAUUCAGCUCCUAAAUAAUGGUUCAUACGCCAAUCUUGCUCUCACCAAGUCCUCAGGGUCCGGUCUGGUUUCGCGAAGCAAAUACCAUUACGGAUUCUUCAGUGCCGCAAUCAAGCUUCCCGCCGGCCUUUCAUCUGGUGUUGUGGUGGCCUUCUAUUUGUCUAAUGCAGAUACAUUCCCGCACAGCCACGAUGAGAUAGACAUCGAGUUGCUCGGUCAUGAUAAGAGAAACGACUGGGUCCUCCAAACAAACAUAUACUCCAAUGGCAGUGUCAGCACUGGGAGAGAGGAGAAAUUCUAUUUCUGGUUCGAUCCCACCCAAGAGCACCAUUACUACAGCAUCAUAUGGAACAGCCAUCAUAUUGUUUUUUUUGUGGAUAACAUACCAGUCAGAGAAUUCCCCUUGAGCAGUGCCUUCUCUUCCACAUACCCAUCAAAGCCGAUGUCUGUGUAUGCAACCAUAUGGGACGGGUCACAGUGGGCAACCCACGGAGGCAAAUACCCUGUGAACUACAGGUAUGCACCAUUCGUGGUCUCAUUAGCAGAGACGGAGAUGGUGGGUUGUGUCUCAGAUCCAAGACGACAGCCGCCAAGUUCUUGUUCCGACAAGAGCCCAUCAUCAAGCUUGGACCCGGUGGAGGGUCAGGAUUUUGCUGCCCUGUCUCAGCAGCAGAUCAUGGCCAUGCAUUGGGCCAGGAGCAAGCUCAUGUUCUACUCCUAUUGUAAAGACACUUCCAGGUUUAAGGUGAUGCCACCAGAAUGCAAUUAAAAUACUACUUCUAGGUUUUAUUCCUUUUUCUGGAUUUUCUUUGUUCAUUGGUUCCCCUAGAUAUAAGGGUCGAUGACACUUUUAACUAUUUAUCUAUGAGCCUUUAGGCUGAUAAGCUGUCACAAGAAAAGAGCCUUCUAUGCGGAAAGACUAGUGGCAGGAGCGCAAAAAGGAUGAAUAAAAUGUAUUGGAAGUGUCGCA